UAAUUAUACAACACGGGUGUUUGUUAUUUCGGACUCGCGCGAACGCAUCUCGUAACUGAGUGAGCGCGUGCUGAAGGCGCGAGCACAGCGCGCAAACUCAAAGCUACCAGCAUACAUUUCAAAUAGAUUUUCAUGAUUUACAGCGUCAACAGUCUCUGGUGAUGAACCAUGUGGGGGACCAAGCUCCAAAGUCAGACUCGUGUGGGUCAUUGGGGGAGGAAGACUCGUCUGUCCAACUCCAGCUCACACGUGUCCCAAUCAAAUGUGGAGCUGCUGCUUCGACCCCCCAGCCUUCUGUUGUGACCAACCACCAGAGGGAGUCUCUCCCACUCAGUGUCAUCCCCUUCAGUCAGGCUCACCAGCCUAACCCUUCUGCAGGUGCUGUAGCGGUGGCACAGCCCUGUCCUUCUGUUAUGCUGAGUGCAAAGCCCACAGUCCAAGGGGGGGCGAGUCAUCCCAGCCAGCUGGUCCCAAAGCAGACUGUUAGUCAGGUGACCCCCCCUGGAAGGAUGGUGGUAAUAACUGUUCCCAGAACAGCAGCUGCACAGCCGCUGGCCCCCACAGCGCCACACAAUGCCUCACCAAAGCUGCCCCCCAACCUCCAGAUACCCGCAGGCAUGAUGCUGAUCCGCAGUGACAGCGGUCAGCUGAUGCUGGUUUCCCAGCAGGUUCUGGCUCAAGCUCAGCGAGGGACGAGAAUUGUCAGCAGCCAGGCGCCCCGUGUUCCGACCCAGCAGUUGUCCACAGCCACAGGAGCCAAAGGCAACGAGAAGGUAUCUGUCAUCCAGAUGACGACGCCCUCCCCCUUUCAGACAGUUCAGAAGCCAGCUCUGGUCAUCGCCGUGGCUCCCAAAGCUGCUGCGGCCCCAAACCUCAGAGCUCCCCCCCAGGCGUCUGCAGACACCAGGAAGGAGCCAACAAGGACUUUCAGUAAGGAGACUUUGGAAAGUGUGAAGAAGUGUAAGAAUUUCUUGGUGACUCUGAUCAAGCUGGCUUCCAGUGACUCCAGGUCUGCCAACAUGGCCAACAAUGUUCGAGGACUGGUCCGGAGUCUGCUGGAAGGAAAGAUGGAGGCGGAGGAGUUCACUGAGCUGCUGUAUGAUGAGCUGAAGUCAACGCCGCAGCCCUGCUUGGUGCCUUUCCUGAAGAAAAGCCUCCCUGCGGUGCGUUCACUGACAUCAGACCCACAGCUAUUCAUCCAGCAGGCUUCCACCUCCAAGAACACAAAGUUGUCUGAGGCAGAAAUGAGCAGACAGCAGGUUCUCCGUGCAUCUGAUUCAAGCUCAGGACCGGCAAUUUCAACCCAAUCCAGAACCGACAUAUCUCACAGAGGUGGGCCCGGCAGCACAGUGGUUCUGUCAGUACGUCACAUCUCAGGAGCGUUUCCAGGGAAACGCACUGCUCAGGAUCAGUCCAGAGCUCCAUUCAGAGCCAGCUAUGGAUCCUACAGAGAAGAUGAUGACAUCAAUGAUGUGGCCUCCAUGGCUGGAGUCAACUUGAGAGAGGAAAAUGCUCGAAAUCUCACCUCCACUGUGGGCUCUGUGGUGCAGUCGUGCCAGGACCAGCUCUUCCUCUCACCUCAUGACCUGCUCACCUCAAUCCUGCACACAGGAGAGCCGUUGGGAGUAACUGAUGUGGGUCCGGAUGUGGUGGCUGUAGUUUCUCAUGCUACUCAGGAGUAUCUGCGUGAGCUGGUGGAGAAGAUCUCUGCUGUGGCUAAACACCGUAGGGCAUCUCCACAGGAGGAUUCCUGGCAUGACAGGGUGAGUGAUGUCUGCUCUCAGCUUCGCUUCUUGGAGGAAAUUGAGAAGCUGAAGAAGAAGAGAAGAGAUGAAGAGGAGAAGGAGAAACUGCUCCGUUUAGCCAGGAGUCGCUCCCACACUGAAGAUCCUCAGCUUCAGCAGCUCAGACAGAGAGCCAAAGAGCUGCAACAGAUGGAGGAAGCUCAGCUGCAGCAGAAGGAGGCCAACCUCACUGCUUUGGCCGCCAUCGGACCUCGAAAAAAGAGAGUGCUGGACCAGAGCAACGGUCAGGUGUGCCUGCCAACCCGGCCGGGCACUCAGAAGGUCACCCGGGUGGUUCUGAAGGAUCUGCUGGUCUGCAUGGAGCAGGACCCGGUCCUGCACCGCUCACUCACCUUCUACAAAGCCAUGCUGUUUACGGUGUGACCUUCUCCUCUGAUCUUGUGUUGAUGUUUAUUUACUUUUUUUUUUCAUUCCAGUUUGUAAAUGAAUCUUUGAAUCUUUCUGUUUCUGGUUCUGAAGGAAAACCCAGUUGUGUUAUGGUUGAUUAAAUAUUUGAGGUUCUUCCUGACUGCAAA